AUGCUACCUCAACUAGUAUUGCUCCUGCUGUCGGGUGUUGCCACGCAUGUCAAAGCCACUUGCAAGGCGCCCAAUGGUACAGAAACUCAAUUAGCCUGGAAACCAUGCUCAAAUGGUCCUAUCUUCUACCACAACAUUUCCCUUCCCGACUACGAAGAUCGCAAAUCGUAUCCGAUCUUAGCCACGAAGCCGUUCACUGUGUUGGCAAAUAUAACGAAUAAUGGUGAAGAGUAUGAUAAUGUGGAGACAUAUAUGAAACUCUGGAAAUGGGGUGGAUGGUUCGGCUGCAGCUGGUAUCGAGUGCCAGCUUUCGGAGUCCUGUAA